AUGGCAAAAAAUAAUUCAAGCGUGGAAAUUCCUACGGAUGUUCCCAAAAAAAAAGAUAUUGAGGAGAAUAUUGCUCCGGAAUGCGUACAAAAUGAAAUUUUAGAACAGUACGACAUUUUUUCAAAUGCUUACGCAUCAAGUGAUAACUUAAGCUUUGUAGAUAGUGAAGAAGACACAUCAUCUAAAAAUUUAGACGAUUCAAAGAAUAAAAAUAUUUUAAGUUUAACUGUCCAUAAUAUUAUAAAUGUAUACCCGAACAAUGAAAGGAACAGAGAAUUCAAGAAAUACAAGCAAAAAAAAAUUGAGGAAAAAAAGAAAAAAGAAUAUGAAGAAGAAAGAGAAAUAAUAGAAAAGAAGAAAAAAAUAUAUGAAGAAAAAAGGCAGAAAAAGUUGGAGAUAUAUAAAAUAGAAAAAAAAAAAAAGAAACUAAUAGAAAAACAAAAGUAUAAUAAAGAAAAUAUAGAAUAUAAUUAUUUAAUGAUUUUAAACUAUUUUGAAUAUUUAAUGCAAAAUGGGAAACACAAAGAUAUUUACUUUUCCUUUUAUGAUAUGUACAUUUCUCCCAUGAGGUUGUAUUACUUUGCCAAUGCAAGUGUGGACCAAAUUUACUAUUUAGAUUUAUCAAGAAAGUGGAUGUCAGACAACUACAUCUCAAUCAUACUAGAAUUAUGCUCACGUAAAAAAAUAAAAAUUUUGAAUUUGUCCUACAAUAAAAUAACGUUCAAUGGGCUAGAACUUUUUUCGAAGUUCUUAUCGGAUAACAAAACACUAUUUUGUCUUAACCUGGAAAAUAACGAUUUAACAAAUAAAGGUAAAAACGUCGAUGAAAUGAAUAAACUUUUCGAAUCCUUAAAAAAUAAUAAAGGAAUAAAAAUGUUGAAUCUAUCCAACACGAAUAUGAAUAAGAGCAAUGGGGAUAUGCUGUAUGAAAUGCUAGAAGCUAAUAAAUCUAUAAUUGAAAUGAACUUUGAGAAUAGCGAUUUUACGCGUGAACAAAAUUGCAAAAUAAUUAAUUAUUUAAUACGAAAUAAAAAAAUUUGGUUAAAGCAAGCUGAUAUAGAAAAAGAAGAAAAUGAUAAAAUGGAAAAGGAAGAAAGUUAUAUGCGCGCUUACUAUAUGUCCGUGGAAUCUUCUAUAAUUGAAAUUGAAAAUAGGGAAAAUCGAAGAAACUUAAAUAAAAUGAUAUACAUUGAUAUGUGGAGAGAAGAAAUAAAACAAAAAGAGUUAAAAGAAGAGGCAAUUCUUGAAUCCCUGGAGAAGGAACAUGAGCACAGAAUAAAGCAUUACAGGAAGAAAAAAAAGAAAAAGAAGUGA